UGAUGUUGUGGACGGUGUCUAGGCUCCCAGCAGCCCAGGGUCGGUGCCACUCAAACCAUUCCUGAGGCUUGGUACAGGGAAUUGUUUUAAUGAUAGAAAAUUUCAAACAUACAUAAAAGUAAAGAGAAUGGAGUCUCUAUCCCCACACCCACCCCUCACCUGGGGAUUUUUUUUUUUUUUGGUAACUUUUUACUUUGAUAUAUAAUUUCAGAUACAUAGAACAGUUGUAAGAACAGUACAGGGAACUCCCAUUUACUCUACGCAGACUGAACAAUUUCCAUCUUAUCCCAUUGGCUUUAUCAUAUUCUCUAUGUGUAUAUGUAUACAUAUGUGUGACUACUAUUUUUUCUGAGCCAUUUGAGAAUAAGUCGGAGAUAUUGUGUCCUUUUAUCUCUAAAUACUUCAGUAUGUAUUUCCUAACAAUAAGAAUACAAUCACAGUACAAUGUUCAAAACCAGGAAUUUAACCUUGAUAUUAUCUUUUUUUCUUUUUUUGUCCACACCCAGCAGCAUAUGGGAUCUUAAUUCACCCACCAGGAAUGGAACUGGCCCCCACUGCUUUGGAAGCACAGAGUCUUAACCACUGGACCACCAGGGAAGUCCCAACCUUGAUAUUAUCUAAUCCACCGUGGAUAGUCAAAUGUCAUCAGCAUUCCAGUGCUGGGAACGGAUGUGACCAUGAACGCCGGUGCCUCCUUGUCUACUUUCACGGCAGGGCCCUUCCCUCCACCCAUUCCUGGCGCCCAGCACCGGCCACCCUGGCAGCAGCACCUGCCACGUCCCAUCACCCCAGCAUUCCCUCCUGGCAGCAGCCUGCUGCUGCCAGCUUUCCCCAGGACGCCUAUGGUGGCUAAUGGUGGCCGUGGCCCCAGUGCCCCUGGGGCUUGCAACCUCACUGUCCAAGUCAGGUCACAAGGGAGGACAGUGGAGGCCCCCCAGACUCAGACCUUUGUCGUUACUCAGGCCCCCCUCACCUGGAGCGCUCCAGGGGCCCUCAGCAGGAGUGCCGCAUGUCCUGCACCCGUAUUCAUAGCAACCCCUGUGAUGGGGACCGUUGUGACUGCUUCAGCUGUUGGAGUUAGUCAGGCUGGCAAGGGAGGCUGGACCCCAGGCUUUCCUCCUCAAGCUCCACCACCAGCUGCCCAGCCGGCCCCUAUCAUUCGCCCAGUGAACCCUGGGCCAUGGCCACAUGGCACUUCCAGGGAGGGCCGCCUGGCCACCAACCAGUCCAACGCCUCGCAGGAUGGCUCCUCUAACACCAAGAGCGAGUACAGUAACUUCCUACGUUGGCAGCACGUCAAGCCCCUGGCCCGGAGACACUUUUGCCUGAGUCCUGAUGCAGAAGCUUUUUCCUGCUUUCUCAUCCCAGUGCUUCGAUCCCUGGCCCACCUGAAUCCCACCAUGCCGCUGGAGGAGGGACUGCGGAGGGCCGUGCAGGAAUGGCGGCGCAGGAGCAACCUUGACCGGAUGAUCUACUACGAGACGGCGCAAAAGUUCAUGGAAUUUGCGGCCGAGGAGGAGAUGCACAUUCAGAAUUUGCAGUGGAUGCAGGACCUGCCUCCUCCAGCCCCACCGAAGCUGGAUCCUCGGGGGCCCCCAGCCCCGAAAGUGGGCCUUCAGCCAGGCACCCAGGUUCCCACUGGAGCUGAAGACCCCACACUAAGUCUGCCGAAGAAGAUGUCCGGCCGCAGGGCCCAGCCCUCGCACCCGAAGCCACACAGAUCCCAGGGGAACCCGGAGCCCAAGGCGCCCAAGGAGAUUCCCCCUGAGGCUGUGAGGGAGGAUGUGGACAGGAUGGAGGCGCUGGUGGGGCCCGUCCACUCAGCCCCAGGCAAGUCAGAUGAAGAAUGUGGAAAGGACGGAAAUGAGCGGAAGCAGGAAGACGACGACACCUACUUGGACCCGUGUCUCUUGAGCUACACUGACGAGCUGCGUUCCCGGGAACACUCUGUCACCAAGGUGGAGGCAGUCAUUCACCCUCGAGUCCCGGCAGAAUUGUCUUCCCCAGACCCACAGCUGGAUCUCUCGGCCCUUGCUGAGGAGCUGAAGCAGGAGGAAGCACUCACCCCUGAAGAACUGGUGCAGAAACGACUCCUGGCCUUGAAAGAGGACGAGGGUGGGCCGGCAGCCCCGAGCCACAGUGCACCCGGAAUGGGCUCAAGUCCUUCUGAGUCCCACGCUGGCCAAGGUGCCCAGAGGCACGACCAAGACCGCCAUCGAGGGGUCAGUGAUGAAGCCUGCCCACCAGAGAUUGAUUUUGAGGCUCUUCAUAGGCCCAACCGAGCAGACACUGGCCCGUUCGGGCCCAAAGUCUUUGUUCCCUCUCGAGGACGUCAGGAGGUCUCUCCAUCCCGGGCCGGGCGGCCCUCCUCUCCCCAGGGUCAAAGACGCACUGGCCCUCGACUGGGACGCAGGGAUGCGUCUCUUCUCAGAGAGGCGUCUCCUGUUCGGGAGGCCCGAGGGCCCAGGGACGCGGCCAGUGAGGACGAGGAGGCGUUCCCCAGCCUGGCCUCCCUCUUGGCCUCUCUGCCCAGCCUGCCGCCUUGCCGGCUGUCCCAGAGUCCUGCCCCUGCUUCAGGCCUGGCCUCCCCUGGAGGUUGGGGGGCCCAGAGUGCUCCCCAGGCCCCCUCCCCUCAGAGAAGGGGCCUCAGCCCAGCUCCACCAGCCGCUCCCAAGUCGAGGAAGCGGGCUCUGGGUGGGCGCCCAGCCGCUGCUGAGAAGCUGCCCAUCCCCGGGGCUGCCCACGGGGUCUCUGCGAGGCCAGCCUUGGCUCUGGGGCUGGCUCGCCCCUCACAGCCGGGAAAGAGGAAGCGUGACCCGUUUGUCAUAGGGAAGAGGAGGAACAGGAAGAGGAAGCGCUGCAGCCAGUAGGGAACAGCCGGGCCGGCCCUCCAGGGCGAGCCCCCCAGGGCGGCCCCCAGGGGAGCCUAGGGGCUCCUCCUCACCCCAGAGCUGAUCCUGGGAUUGUGGGGGGUUAGGGAGGUGGGGGAGGUGGGUGUGGGCAGGACCUUUGGAGUGAUGUAUGAAAAUUGUGAAUAAAGAUAGUUUUGGUGGGAAAUGCUCUCAGGCCACUGUUAUCUUGUUCGUGUGGAGCUGCUCCACAGAGAGCGAUCCUGAGAGGAAGGAAGGGUGAGGGAGGUCACAGGAGCUAUGGAUCUACAGGUGGCCAAACCUUUCCUCCACAUAGACAAGGACUCCUCAGGCUGCCCCUGGGAACGCACAGCUCUCACUUUCCCCAGGGACCCCCUCAU